AUGGCAGUCGGCGCCUGCGAGCGCACACUCACAGAGAUGCUCGGUGUCCUUGGCUCGCGGUCCCGGGACGACCUCGCCGGGUCAGUCCAUGCGCUGGCGGAGCAGGCCCUCACCGACCAGUCAGAGACUGGCGGGCCGCGCGUCAACUUCGCGUGCGCCGUGUGGCACGACAAGAUGAGGCCUCUCAAGCCCGACUACAACGACGCCGCCGUCAAGUCCUACAAGGCGUGGACGGGCGCCGUGGACUUCCACGAGAAGCCCGAGGAAGCAGCAGAGCAGAUCAACGCAUUGGUGGUGAUGUUGACGAACGACCUCAUCCCCUCAGUCAUUGAUCCAGGCGAGCUAUCCCGCCUGACUGACCUGGUGGUCGCCAACGCCAUCUACUUCAAGGGAAAGUGGGGAAAGCCUUUCAACAAGAGACUCACCAAGGAGGAGAAGUUCCACUGCCUCGACGGCAGCACCAUGGAUGUGCCCUUCAUGCAAGACGGAAACAGGCAGCUCAUUGCCUGCCACCACGGGUUCAAGGUGCUCCAGCUUUAUUACCAGAGAGGCCGGCUAUUUCCCACUCAGCCGCGGGCGCGCUACUCGAUGUGCGUCUUCCUCCCCAACGCCUAUGAUGGACUGUGGCGACUGGUCAACAAGAUCGCGCGCAACCCCGACUUUCUAGACGAGCACCUGCCGACGAGCACUGUCUUGGUCGGUGACUUUCAUGUGCCCAAGUUCAAGCUCAAAUUCUCCACUAAAUUGUCCAGCGAUCUCCAGGAAUUGGGACUCAAGGACGCUUUCGAUCCGGGGAAGGCCGACCUGUCUGACAUGGCGGAGGGCCCCGGAAGGCCUCUAUCGCUGCAGGACGUAUUGCAUAAGGCAGUCAUCGAGGUGAAUGAGGAAGGCACCGAGGCGGCUGAUGUUACCUAUGGAAAGGGGAUGGUGGGAUGUGCACAGGGCUACCGACGGCCACCGAGGGUGGACUUUGUCGCUGAUCACCCGUUUGUCUUCUUUGUGAGGGAGGAGGUGUCGGGUGCAAUCUUGUUCGCGGGCCACGUCCUUGACCCAUCAAUGGAGUGA